GCGCCCAAACCCGCAGGGAUCCCCCGCGCCCGCUCCUUUCCGCUCGCCGGCUUCUCAGAUGCUCGCUGCGCCCCUUACCGCCACCUCCCUCUUGCCGCAGCUUGCCCCUCGGAGUAGCCGCCUAAGUCGGGGAGGAAAGAAUGACCGAGGUGCUGUGGCCGGCUGUCCCCAACGGGACGGACGUUGCCUUCCUGGCCGGCCCGGGCUCUCCCUGGGGGAACAGCACGGUCGCUUCCACCGCUGCAGUCGCCUCCUCGUUCACGUGCGCCCUGACCAAGACGGGCUUCCAGUUCUACUACCUGCCAGCUGUGUACAUCCUGGUGUUCAUUAUCGGCUUCUUGGGCAACAGCGUGGCCAUCUGGAUGUUCGUCUUCCACAUGAAGCCGUGGAGCGGCAUCUCGGUGUACAUGUUCAACUUGGCGCUGGCCGACUUCCUGUACGUGCUGACUCUGCCAGCCCUCAUCUUCUACUACUUCAAUAAGACGGACUGGAUCUUCGGGGAUGCCAUGUGCAAACUGCAGAGGUUCAUCUUCCACGUGAACCUCUACGGCAGCAUCUUGUUCCUGACCUGCAUUAGCGCGCACCGGUACAGCGGCGUGGUGUACCCGCUCAAGUCCCUGGGCAGGCUCAAGAAGAAGAACGCAGUCUACAUCAGCGUGCUGGUGUGGCUCAUCGUGGUGGUAGCGAUCUCCCCCAUCCUCUUCUACUCGGGGACCGGGAUCCGGAAAAACAAAACCAUCACCUGCUAUGACACCACCUCGGACGACUACCUGCGAAGUUACUUCAUCUAUAGCAUGUGCACGACCGUGGCCAUGUUCUGUGUCCCUUUGGUGCUGAUUCUGGGCUGUUAUGGGUUAAUUGUGAGAGCUUUGAUUUACAAUGACCUGGACAACUCGCCUCUGAGAAGGAAAUCGAUUUACUUGGUGAUUAUUGUACUGACUGUUUUUGCUGUGUCUUACAUCCCUUUCCAUGUGAUGAAAACGAUGAACUUGAGGGCCCGGCUGGAUUUUCAGAUCCCAGAAAUGUGUGCAUUCAAUGACAGGGUUUAUGCCACUUAUCAGGUGACAAGAGGUCUAGCAAGUCUCAACAGCUGUGUGGACCCCAUUCUUUACUUCUUGGCAGGAGACACCUUCAGAAGGAGACUUUCCCGAGCAACCAGGAAAGCUUCCAGGAGAAGUGAGGCAAAUUUGCAAUCCAAGAGUGAAGACAUGACCCUCAAUAUUUUAUCUGAGUUCAAGCAGAAUGGAGAUACCAGCCUGUGAAGGCUCCACAGUGCCCAGACACCUCAUUUUUGUAACAUGGCCAAGAGAAGUCUCUGGGAAGAUCUGUGCUAAUGGUGAACACAUAAAGAGGGGCAGGAUGAAGCAGUGAUCUAUUGUCUGAAAAGCUGAUCCAUGCCAUAUGAUGAUUGAGUAAGUA